CGCGAUGCCUAGCAGGUCCUUCAGCGAAGGCACGCAAAAUCGCCGUCGAGAAGAAUGCGAGCGGAAAGCUAGAAGAGGCGAAAUGGAUCCUCGAUUGGAAUUUACCUUCCAAUUACUCAUGGACGCCACCGGUCUACCUAGAAACGAAAUAAUGGAUCAUGCUUUCGAAGGAGAUAUGCUGGACGAAAUCAACCAACUGUUUUUACCGCACAUGAAAACGAAAUUGAUGUGGUUCUACCAAGACAUGGAGGAGACAUCGUCCGAACCUACCGCGGAUCCAAAUAAACCUAGCACCAGCAGGCAAUUGCAACCGACUUCCAGCAAACUUACUUUGAUACAACAGCAUACUUACAAAAAGAAAUUGUUUCUCACAGAUGGCGUGAGCGUACCUUUAACAGGGACACUCAUAUACAUAUACAGGACUAAUAGUUCUAAACAACUUCCUGAAGAGGGCUUCCAAAAGGACUUGUUUGUGGGUAUAAUCGAUUCGAAGCACGUCGGUUUGGUAACCAGCAUCCAAAGAAUCAUCGAAUUCGUUUUCAUGGAGGCGUUAGCCCACCCCAGUUUAGAUUGCGAAGACGACGCCGCUUCCUGUCCAAUGGUAAAAAAUAAUCUGCUGCCGAAUUUGAGAUCUUUUUGUAGCGUUCUAAAAGUUUGCGAAGAAGUGUGCGGCAGCGGCAAUUUAUUCGACGACGGUAAAGUUAUAACGGCGCAUCUCGACGCCGACGACGUAAAAGAAAUGGCGAAACAUCCGGAUCAGAUACAACAGUUGGAAAAUCGAGUCAAGGGAUGGAUUAAGCGAUUGGACGAAAUUUUAAAGGAAAGCGAACAGAUUAGACGAGAAAACGAUUCCUCAGGACCUCAAGACGAAUUGGAAUAUUGGAAAAAAAGGGGAGCGCAGUUUUCUCAAAUCGUUAAUCAAGUAAAUACUUCCGAAGUACAGAUGACGAUAUUGUGUUUGAAGUUGGCGCACGCGAAAAUUUUGAAAGAAUGGAAAGAAACCGAUAAAAAAAUUACUUUUUGUUAUAACGAAGCCAAAGAUAACGCCAAGUUUAUACAAGCUCUAGAAACGAAAUGUCACUCCUUGUAUUUGGAUGAUCCGGUGAAAAUGCAAUCUUCCAUUAUGGGGUUACUACAAACGGUUCGCUUGAUACACAGCGUUUCGCAAUUUUAUAAUACGUCCGAAAGAACAUCUGCUCUAAUGGUCAAAAUAACCAAUCAGAUGAUCGAAACUUGUAAGGAUUAUAUAACCUGUAGAGGACAGGAAAGUAUCUGGUCGCAGGAAAGGUGUCUUAUGAAGGAAAAACUCACGCAGUGCAUUAUUUUGAAUAGAGUUUAUAGGAAAACUUACGAUAUCGUCAAAGCGCAGUCGUUUAUACCUGAACAACGACAAUUCAAUUUUUCGGAAAACUACGUUUUCGGAAAAUUCGACGCUUUCUGUAGAAGAUUGAUGAAAAUAAUCGCCAUGUUCGAUCUUAUUGAUGAUUACAGCGGCUUGUUUCAACGCAGAAUGGAAGGACUGCUCUUAGGAGACGCUUUAGAGGAAGCCAUCCAAAAAUUCGGGGAGAUCAAACAAAUCGUCACGAAUAAAACGUACGAUUAUUUAGAUCAUCGAAACAACGAAUUCGAAUCGGAUUUCGAAAUGUUUUUGACGAAUACCGAACAAUUAAGGCGGGGCGUAGCGGAAUCGAUCGAAAAAAAUUUCGAUAGCGUUUGGGAAACGCCACAAGGCAUACGUUUUUUGACCAGAUUCGAAAAGGUCAGUGAAAAAAUUCCUUUGGUCAAAAUGGAGGAAAAAUACGAGAGGAUAUUGAAAUAUUGCGAAAAGGAAGUGGAAAGGAUAGUGAAAAUGUAUAAAAAACAAAAAGAUGAUCCUCCCAUUUCGAAUUUGUUUCCGCCGAUUGCCGGCAGGAUAAAAUGGUCUAGAGCUCUAGUUUCCCAUUUAGAAGAACUUUUAACUAGUGUAACGACACAUCACAUAUUAAAAAAUCUUCCGGCUACCGUGGAAUUAUCCAAAAAACACAGGAUAGCAGAAACUAUGUUGAAGACGUUCGAAACUGAUAUGGUGGCUCUGUGGAUGAAUCAACACAUAUCCGAGGUGGAUCCUUGUUUGCUGAGGAACCUUUUGACUAUUUGUCAAGAUCAACAAAAAUUGAAAGUCAAUAUCCACCCGGUUAUACCGUUAUUGAUUAAAGAAUCAGAUUUAAUGAUCAAAAUGAAAUUACCGAUACCGAUGGUUGCUUUGACGCUUUAUACUAAACAAGAUCAUUUUAAUUUGGUGAUCGAUUCUUUACAAUUUUUGAUCGACGACUUUUUAAAAGCCGUUAAAAGUGUAAAAUUAGAAGUAAGGCCACUAUUUUUACCGCAUUUGAUCAAAUUAACUCAUAAAAUCGAGCCCGGUUUGACCAAACUCAAUUGGGUAUCGCCCGAUUGGCAACAGUUUAUCGAUAAAGGAAAUAUUGCGAUCGGCAAUUUCAAAGAACUGGUAAGUACAGUUCACGAUAUCUACGAAAACAGAGUCCUGCAAGUAUUGGAAAGCAUGCAGGUCAUACAACUUUAUGCUUUGCCGGAUAUCGGCGAAGAGCCGUGGACCGUCGAUAUGUUCUGUAACAAAAUCGAUACUAUUUGCAGAAAUUCUGCCAUAGAACUACAUAAAAAAAGUUUGAUGGUAGAGGAAGCCGUUGAAGAGAUACUAUCGUUAGUGAAAAGGGCCAAUAUCGAUGCUCAAUGCAGCUUAGACGAAGAAAGCUUCGCGUUCGAAGAUGAAGAAAAACAUACAGAUGUCAGCUCUAGUCAGCAACCAUCCGAUUGGUCGUUAGUUUGGGAUUGUUUCGAAAAACCCCAUAUACUUAUUGGAGGAAACGUCAACAAAUCCGUCCACGAUAUAGUAAAAGGAGCACUAGGCGAAAUGAGAAGAUACUACAGUAGAAAAAUCAUAGAUGUACUAGUUAAAGUCACUAGAACGUCCUUAGAUACGUUAAGAAAACGAUUUUCCAUGGAACGUGAAACGGCAGUUUUUAAAUUGAAUUCGAUACUUUUGAUACCGAAAGUGGCGAUCAAACCAAAUUUGGACGAGGUCCAGGAUAUUUUAGUAUCGGUUGGAAAAACUGUCACUUCGGUAGCGAAGGGAGUGGGGCAAUGGGCUUUAGGACCGGGACAGGCAAACACCCCGAAGAAAUCAGCAUGGACAAAAAUUGCUGGUCCGAAAUCUAGUCUAAUGGAUAUAGUCAAUCGUUCACGUUAUGAUCAAAAGGCUACCAACAAAACAUCGAUAAAAGGAAAAGAAGAAAACGUCAAGAAUAGAAGAAGAAAAUUAUACCGUUUACUCACCGAAGAAAAACCCACCAUUCCUUUACAGCAGAGGAAUUUCUAUAAUCUAGUCAUGGAAAACAAGGAAGUCAUCAAAACUUUAUCUUUAUUGUCAACUUGUACGCAAGAUAUGAAACAGGAAGUGACACAAUUCAUAGCUAGAUGGCGUGUUUACAAUAUUCUGUGGAGGAACGAAAAGUCGCAACGAGAAUUGCUAACGGCGGUUUUAACGGAAUUCGAAACGUCGCUUAGAAAACACGAAGAAUUAACCGAAAGAUUGGAUACGGAACCGGAUACGUUCGUUAUAGCUAAUUGCUUAGCUAUUUCCACGGAAAAUCUCAAAUUCGGUCUUUUAACAGAAAUAAAAUCUUGCACGCACAGAAUCGGUCAAGCGAUGAAAAAGAAAUACCGUCGUGAAAUGGACUACGUUUACGCGGUUAUAAGCGAAAUGGACAGAAAAUUAGAUCGAACUAUCAGAGAUUUGGACGACGUUCGAUUGAUAAUGGACACAUUGAAAAAAAUCCGGGAACAAGAAGUCGACAUGGAUUUAAAAAUAGAGCCGGUGGAGGAGGCUUUCAACGUACUCCAUCGAUAUAAAGUACCGGUGGAAAGGGAAGUGAUAGAGCAAGUGGAUAAUCUUAGAUACACGUGGAAACAGCUACUGGAUAGAGCCAUGAAAGUCCAAGCGAAUCUGUUGAACAUGCAGCCGCAGUUCGAACGGGAUCUCAAAAAUAAUUUGAGCAAAUUCAAACAAGAUAAAUUGGAUUAUUGUAAUCAAUAUCGUACCGCGGGGCCGAUGCAGCCCGGACUAAGUCCGCGGGAGGCUUCCGAUAGGUUAAUUCUCUUCCAAAACCGAUUCGACGGUAUGUGGCGCAAACUUCAAACGUACCAAAGCGGCGAAGAACUUUUCGGUUUACCGACCACCGAUUACCCAGAUAUGGCGCAAAUCAGGAAAGAAUUGAAUCUUCUGCAAAAACUUUAUAAACUUUAUAACGACGUUAUCGAUAGAGUGAAUAGUUAUUAUGAUAUACCUUGGGGAGAAGUUAAUAUUGAAGAAAUCAACAACGAACUUAUGGAGUUUCAGAACAGAUGCAGGAAGUUACCUAAAGGUCUAAAGGAGUGGCCGGCGUUUUUCGCUUUGAAAAAAACGAUAGACGAUUUCAACGACAUGUGUCCUCUAUUGGAAUUGAUGGCGAACCGAGCUAUGAAGCCGAGACAUUGGCAACGUAUCAUGGAUUCCCUUAACCACGUUUUCGAGUUCGAGAGCGAAGGAUUCUGUUUGAAAAACAUCCUGGAAGCACCGUUACUGCAACACAAAGAAGACAUCGAGGAUAUUUGUAUUUCUGCCAUGAAAGAAAAAGACAUCGAAGCUAAAUUGCGUCAAGUUACCAAUGAAUGGACGGUCCACGAAUUGACGUUUCAAACUUUCAACAAUAGAGGGGAGCUGCUUCUGAGAGGCGAUACUACAGCCGAAACUAUUGGGCAAUUGGAAGAUAGCCUCAUGAUAUUGGGAUCUCUAUUAUCGAACAGAUAUAACGCACCGUUUAAGAAACAGAUCCAACAAUGGGUGUACGAUCUAUCCAAUACCAACGAAAUAUUGGAAAGAUGGCUUCUGGUACAGAAUAUGUGGGUUUAUUUGGAAGCCGUUUUCGUCGGUGGUGAUAUCGCUAAGCAAUUACCGAAAGAAGCCAAACGGUUUUCGAAAAUAGACAAAUCUUGGCAGAAGAUAAUGCAGAGGGCGCACGAAACACCCGGUGUCGUUAACUGUUGCGUCGGGGAUGAUCUGCUAAAACAACUGCUACCGCACCUUCAGGAACAGCUGGAAUUGUGUCAAAAAUCUUUAAGCGGUUAUUUGGAAAGGAAACGCAUGAUGUUUCCCAGAUUUUUUUUCGUAUCCGAUCCGGCGCUUCUCGAAAUUCUCGGACAAGCCUCCGAUUCGCAUACCAUUCAAAAUCAUCUACUUUCUAUAUUCGAUAAUACGCGAUGCGUCAAAUUCCACGAUAUCGAAUAUAAUAAAAUAACCGCCAUUUUUUCCUCCGAAGGCGAAAUGAUCCAAUUGGAAAAAGUCGUUAGAGCCGAAGGUAGCGUCGAAACUUGGUUAACUCAAUUACUAGUAACGUCUCAGUUAUCAUUACAUUCGAUUAUAAGAAGCGCUUUCGGUAUCAUUAACGAUGUCAACUUCAAUUUGUUACAAUUUCUUGAUAAAAUGCCGGCCCAGAUCGGCCUGUUGGGUUUACAGAUGAUUUGGACCAGAGACGCAGAAUCGGCUUUAACCCAAGCAAGACACGAUAAAAAAUUGAUGCCCGAAACUAACAAUAAAUUUUUAGAGCUGUUGAAUACGCUCAUCGAUCAAACCACGAGGGAUUUAACGAAAAUAGAAAGAACCAAAUUCGAAACUUUGAUCACCAUCCACGUGCACCAGAGGGAUAUCUUCGAUAUUUUGUGUCGAUUGAACGUUAGGCACGUAAACGAUUUCGAAUGGUUGAAACAAUGUAGAUUUUAUUUCAAAGAAGAACAAGAUAAAACUUUAAUUAUAAUUACCGACGUUGUAUUUUCUUAUCAGAAUGAAUAUCUGGGAUGUACCGAUCGACUUGUCAUCACACCUUUAACCGACAGAUGUUAUAUUACGUUGGCGCAAGCUUUAGCUAUGAGCAUGGGUGGCGCCCCGUGCGGACCAGCGGGUACAGGUAAAACUGAAACUGUUAAAGAUAUGGGGAAAACCCUUGCUAAAUAUGUUGUGGUUUUCAAUUGUUCCGAUCAAAUGGAUUAUCGAGGACUCGGUCGAAUUUACAAAGGUUUGGCUCAAUCCGGUUCGUGGGGUUGUUUCGACGAAUUCAAUCGCAUCGAGCUUCCGGUGUUGUCGGUCGCGGCGCAACAAGUCGCCGUGGUAUUGGCGAGUAAAAAAGAAAAAAGGAAAACGUUCCAAUUCACCGACGGAGAUAUUGUGGAAAUGUGUCCGGAAUUUGGUAUAUUCAUAACAAUGAAUCCGGGUUACGCUGGUAGAAAAGAACUUCCGGAGAAUCUAAAAAUACAAUUUAGGACCGUGGCGAUGAUGGUGCCCGACAGACAGAUCAUAAUAAGAGUUAAACUAGCCAGUUGCGGUUUUUUGGAAAAUAUAACACUAGCCAGAAAAUUUUACACCCUGUAUAAAUUGUGCGAAGAACAAUUAACGAAACAGGUUCACUACGAUUUCGGUUUGAGAAAUAUCCUUUCGGUGUUGCGCAGUUUGGGGGCGGCUAAAAGGGUCAAUAAUAAAGAUUCCGAAAGUACCAUAGUUAUGAGGGUACUGAGAGAUAUGAAUCUUUCGAAAUUAAUAGACGAAGACGAGCCGCUUUUUAUUUCUCUAGUGGCGGAUCUGUUCCCGAAUCAAACUUUGGAAAAAACCGCGUAUCCGGAGCUCGAAGAAGCCAUCAAUGUUCAAGUGGAUCAAGCGGGGCUGGUUAACCAUCCGUCGUGGGCUCUAAAAUUGAUCCAAUUGUACGAAACCCAAAGGGUGCGUCACGGGAUAAUGACCUUGGGUCCGACCGGAGCCGGUAAGACAACGUGUAUACAAACGUUGAUGAGGGCGUUGACGCAAAUGGGCGACAAUCACAGAGAGAUGAGGAUGAAUCCGAAAUCUAUUACGGCUGCACAGAUGUUUGGUAGAUUGGACGUUGCGACUAAUGAUUGGACGGAUGGGAUUUUUUCGGCCUUGUGGAGGAAAACAUUGAAAUCGAAAGCGGGCGAACAUGUCUGGUUGGUAUUGGACGGUCCCGUAGAUAGCAUCUGGAUAGAAAAUUUAAAUUCGGUUCUCGACGACAAUAAAACACUGACUUUAGCCAACGGAGACAGACUUGCAAUGUCACCAACAUGUAAAAUUAUCUUCGAACCCCAUAAUAUAGAUAACGCCUCACCGGCGACCGUCUCUCGAAACGGUAUGGUGUACAUGAGUUCCUCGGGACUGAAUUGGAAGCCCGUCAUCAAAGCUUGGUUAAAAGGAAGAACGUCGAAAGAAAUGGACAUCUUCCAGCACCUUUUCGACGAAUCCUUUUCGAAGACGUUCAAUUGGGGAGCACAAAAUUUAUCGAUGGUCAUCGAUGUACUGCAGUGCAAUAUCACUUUACAAAUGAUCAAAUUACUUGAAGGUUUGAUACCGAAACAACAAACGAUCGAAGAAGAUAUUUCCGCCGCUAAAUCGGACGCCGGUGAUUUGGAAGACGAAAUCAUCGAAGAUAACGAAAAAAUCGAAGAAAAUAGAAUAUUCACUUCGGAACAUUUGUCUAAAUUGUACGUUUUCGCUUUGGUGUGGAGUAUGGGCGCUUUUCUGGAAACUGAAGAUAGAAUUAAAUACGACGUUUUCAUUAAAGAAGAAUUGGGAUUUUUAGAUUUACCCAUAAACGACCUAUUUCAGGCGACUGUGUUCGAUUACGUGGUAAACAUCGAUGGUGAAUGGGUUCACUGGAAUACCAUGUUAACCAAUUACGUUUAUCCCGAAUUGGCGACACCGGAAUUCGCGUCGAUUCUCGUACCGAUUCCGGAUAACGUCCGUAUGAAUUUUUUGAUCGAAACGAUAGCUAAACAAGAAAAAGCCGUUCUGUUGAUAGGUGAACAGGGAACAGCUAAAACGGUGAUGAUGAAGAGCUUCAUGAAAAAAUCGAACAGCGAAAUUUAUUUGAAUAGGGCUUUCAAUUUUUCGAGCGCCACCAGUCCCUACCAAUUUCAAAAGACGAUAGAAAGUUACGUCGAAAAGAGGAUGGGUAAUACGUUCGGACCGCCGAACGGUAAAAAGAUGAUAGUUUUUAUCGACGAUAUCAAUUUACCGGAAAUUAAUUGUUGGGGAGAUCAGGUAACGAACGAGAUAGUAAGACAGACAAUGGACAUGGGAGGUUUUUACAGUUUGGAAAAACCCGGGGAAUUUACAACAAUAAAUGACGUGCAAUUCGUGGGCGCCAUGGGUCAACCGGGCGGCGGUAGAAACGACAUUCCAUCGAGAUUGAAACGUCAAUUUUGUAUAUUCAACUGCCCUUUACCUAACGAAGCGUCCAUCGAUAAAAUUUUCGGCGUUAUAGCUCAAGGUCAUUACAACGCGAAAAGAGGUUUCACUUUAGAGGUUAGAAAUUUGGUGAAAAGAUUGAUACCGCUAACGAGAAUAUUGUGGAAGAACACGAGGACGAAAUUACUACCAACUCCAGCCAAAUUCCAUUACGUAUUUUCAUUAAGGGAUCUAUCUAGAAUAUGGCAAGGGAUGAUUGGUACCUUAUCAUCUGUAAUAGAAUCAGAAGGUUGUAUGAUGGUUUUAUGGAAGCACGAAUGUACCAGAGUCUUCUCAGAUCGAUUCACCAUACAGGAAGACAAAAAUUGGUUCGACAAGGAACUAUUAAAUUUAGUUCGAGAUCAUUUGGGUGAUGAAUUUAAAAUUAAGACGGAACCAAGUCCGGUUUUCGUCGAUUUCAUGAGAGACGCUCCCGAACCUACGGGGGAAGAAGGAGAAGACGCCGAUAUGGAAUUACCGAAAGUUUACGAACCCGUUAUCAAUUCUAACGAAUUGAGAGAGAGAUUGGACAUGUUUUUGGCGCAAUUUAACGAAAUGAUCAGAGGCUCCGGAAUGGAUUUGGUAUUUUUUCCGGACGCUAUGUUACAUCUUGUGAAAAUAUCUAGGGUUAUUAGACAUCCGAGGGGUAACGUGAUGCUCGUCGGUGUCGGCGGUAGUGGAAAGCAAUCCUUAACAAAAUUAUCGUCCUUUAUUGCCGGAUAUAAAACGUUUCAGAUAGCUCUAACCAGAUCUUACAAUAUUGGUAACUUUUUGGAAGAUCUCAAGGCUUUGUACCGUUCCUGCGGUUGUCAAGGCAAAGGUACUACUUUCAUAUUCACCGAUCUCGAUAUAAAAGAAGAAGGAUUCCUGGAAUAUUUGAAUAAUAUACUUUCUUCCGGUGUUAUUUCCAAUCUUUUCACCAAAGACGACCAAGCCGAAAUCAUUCAAGAAUUAACGCCUAUUAUGAAGAGGGAAAAUCCGAAACGGACACUAAACAACGAAAUCGUAAUGGAGUAUUUCAUGAAUAGGACUUGUCAAAAUCUACACGUCGUUUUCUGCUUUUCACCUGUCGGGGAGAAAUUUAGGAACCGAGCUUUACGUUUUCCGGCUCUAAUAUCCGGUUGUACAAUCGAUUGGUUCCAGCCUUGGCCGAAAGACGCUCUGGUACUAGUAGCUCAACAUUUUCUCGACGAAUUCGAAAUCGCUUGCACUGAAGAAGUGAAACAGGAAUUGGUCGUCGCACUAGGAUCCAUACAAGACGUUGUGGCUCAAACUUCCAUCGAAUAUUUUCAAAGGUUCAGAAGGGCGACUCACGUAACGCCCAAGUCGUACUUGAACUUCAUAGCCGGUUAUAAAAGCAUUUAUAAUAAUAAACAGGUAGAAUUGAGUAACGGUGCGCUGAGGAUGGAUACAGGAUUAGAGAAACUGGCGGAGGCUUCUUCAUCGGUAUUAGUACUGAAGAAAGAACUUGCCGUUAUGGAAAAAGAACUUGUCGAAGCUUCCCAAAGAGCGGAACGAGUACUUACCGAGGUAACCGAGAGGGCGAUGCAGGCCGAAAUCGUGAAAAAUCAAGUUCAAAAAGUUAAAGAGAAAGCCGAGGUUCUCGUACAAUCGAUAGCGGUCGAAAAGGCGUUGGCCGAAGAAAAACUAGAAGCCGCCAAACCGGCGCUGGAAGAAGCCGAGGCGGCUUUGAAUACCAUAAAACCAGCGCAUAUUGCGACUGUGAGAAAAUUAGGACGUCCGCCGCAUUUAAUCAUGAGGAUAAUGGAUUGCGUUUUGAUUUUAUUCCAAAGAAAACUACAACCGACGGUCGCCGAUACCGCCACGCCAUGUCCGAAACCUUCUUGGGCGGAAUCUUUAAAGAUGAUGGCUUCCACGACAUUCUUAUUACAAUUACAAAAUUAUCCCAAAGAUAUUAUCAAUAACGAAAUGGUGGAUCUACUACAACCUUAUUUCGAACUGGACGACUACAAUAUGGACACGGCUAAAAGAGUGUGCGGAGACGUUGCCGGGUUACUAUCUUGGACCAAAGCCAUGGCGUUUUUCCACGGUGUAAAUAGGGAAGUAUUACCCCUAAAAGCGAAUUUAACAUUACAAGAAGCAAGAUUGAAAGUCGCAAUGGAAGAUCUAGCUGCUGCUGAACGACAAUUGGAAGAACGGGAACAAUCUUUGAAAGAGGUUAAAGAGCAAUACGACGCCGCCGUAACGGAAAAACAAAGACUGACGGAGGCGGCGAAUUCGUGUUUGAGAAAAAUGAAUACCGCCACCGCUCUAAUAAACGGUUUAGGUGGCGAGAAAGUCAGAUGGACGCAACAGAGUAAACAAUUCAAAGAACAAUUGGGACGAUUAGUCGGCGACGUUUUACUCGCUACCGGAUUCUUAUCCUAUUGCGGUCCUUACAAUCAGGAAUUUCGAGCGAAUUUAGUUAAAACUUGGAUGGGGAUUCUACGGCAGCGUCUAAUACCUUUUACUCACAAUCUCAAUAUUACGAAUAUGUUGGUGGAAAACGCGGUUAUAUCCGAAUGGACCCUUCAAGGUUUACCCAACGACGAAUUGUCCGUACAAAACGCUUUAAUAGUGACCAAAUCGAGAUCGUAUCCUUUAUUGAUCGAUCCGCAGAUACAGGGGAAGAUUUGGAUCAAAAACAAGGAAGCCAAUAAUAAUUUACAGAUAACGUCGUUGAAUCACAAAUAUUUUAGAACGCAUUUAGAAGAUUGUCUGUCAUUAGGAAAACCCUUGCUUAUAGAAGAUAUAGACAUAGACCUGGAUCCUGUUUUGGACAACGUCCUCGAAAAAAAUUUCAUCAAAUCUGGUUCUAUAGAAAAAGUAAUAGUGGGAGAUAAAGAAUGCGAUGUCCUUAAAGGAUUCAUGCUCUAUAUAACAACAAAAUUACCAAAUCCUCCAUAUUCACCGGAAAUAAGUGCUAAAACGUCGAUUAUCGAUUUUACGGUAACAAUGUUGGGUUUGGAAGAUCAGCUUCUGGGCAGGGUUAUAUUGAUGGAAAAAUCCGAUUUGGAAGCCGAACGAGUCGCACUAUUCGAAUCGGUUAUGCAAAAUCAAAGAAGAAUGAAAGAAUUGGAAACCAAUCUAUUAAGUAGAUUGAAUUCCACCAGAGGUUCUUUGGUCGACGACGAGGAACUGAUAAACGUUUUGCAAGUCACCAAAACCACGGCCGAAGAAGUUAAACAAAAAUUAACAGUAUCCGUCGCCACUGAGAAGAAGAUCAAUGUAGCGCGGGAGGAAUUUAGAGCCGUCGCCGCCAGAGGCUCCAUAUUAUAUUUUUUAAUUGUCGAAAUGAGUAACGUUAACGUGAUGUAUCAGAAUUCGUUGAAGCAAUUUUUGAUCCUAUUCGAUAAUUCCAUCACCAAGUCGGAAAAAAGCAACCACACACUUGACAGGAUAAAUAUUAUUUUGAAAUAUCUCACGCACGAGGUAUGGAUUUUUACGCAGAGGAGUUUGUACGAAAGACACAAAUCUCUGUUUACGUUAAUGAUGGCGAUGAAGAUCGAUUUGUAUGAAGGUACCAUAAAACACGAAGAAUUUAUGGCUUUCAUAAAAGGAGGCGCUUCUCUAGAUCUGAACGCCGUCGCCCCUAAGCCUUUCAAAUGGAUUUUGGACAUUACUUGGUUAAAUCUAGUCGAAAUUAACAAGCUACCAACUUUUUCUGAUAUAUUAACAAAGAUUGAAAAUAACGAAAAAGAAUGGCGGAUUUGGUACGAAAAAGAACGUCCCGAAGAAGAAGAUAUACCGUGCGGAUAUCAAAAAUGUUUGGACGUAUUCAGAAAAUUGAUUUUAAUAAGAUCUUGGAGUCCGGAUCGAACUUUAUCUCAAGCUAGAAAAUAUAUAAUGGAUUCUCUUGGUGAAGAAUACGGAGAACCGUGCAUUUUAGAUUUGGAAGCUACUUGGAACGAAUCGGACACAAGAACGCCUCUUAUUUGUAUACUUUCCAUUGGAUCGGAUCCUUCUCCGCAGAUAUCCUCCCUAGCUAAAUCGAAGGAUAUACCUUUGAAGGCGGUUUCUAUGGGACAAGGUCAAGAAAUCGUCGCCAAGGAUAUGAUAGAAUCGUCGAUGGUUAACGGCGGUUGGGUUCUAUUGCAAAACAUUCAUUUGUCUUUACCGUUCGCUACGGAAGUAAUGUCCAUGAUGGCGGAUACGGAAGCGAUAGAAGAUAGUUUCCGGAUAUGGUUAACGACGGAAGUUCACGAAUUAUUCCCUAUCGGAUUGUUACAAAUGGCGAUAAAGUUUACGAACGAACCGCCCCAAGGUAUCAGAGCUAGUAUGAAAAGGACGUAUCAAAAUAUCACGCAGGAUUUUUUGGAUUAUUCCGCGCAGGCGCAGUGGCCUCCGUUGUUGUACGCCGUCGCGUUUUUGCAUACCGUCGUUCAAGAAAGAAGAAAAUUCGGACCUUUAGGUUGGAACGUCCCGUACGAAUUCAAUCAAGCGGAUUUCGCGGCCAGCGUCCAAUUCAUUCAGAAUCAUUUGGACGAUAUGGAUCCUAAAAAAGGAGUUUCUUGGCCUACCGUUUGUUAUAUGCUCGGCGAAGUUCAGUACGGCGGUAGAGUCACCGACGAUUUCGAUAAAAGGCUUUUGACGACUUUUACGCAGGUAUGGUUUUGCGACGUCCUCCUCCGACCGGGAUUCGAAUUUUACAAAGGAUACAAAGUACCACAAACAAGGAACCUCCAAGGAUACAUCGAUUACGUAAAUAGUUUACAGGCGACGGAUACGCCGGAAGUUUUCGGUUUACACGCCAACGCCGACAUUACAUAUCAAAUUAAUACAGCGAAAGGUAUUCUUGAUACCAUUUUGAACGUUCAACCGAAGGAAGGGGGCGGCGGCGGAGGGGAAACUAGAGAAAGCGUCGUUUAUUGUUUAGCCGAAGACAUGUUGGAGAAGCUUCCGAAACCCUACAACAGUUUCGAAGUUAGAGAAGCCCUACAAAGAAUGGGACCUUUGUUGCCGAUGAAUAUAUUCCUAAGACAAGAAGUCGAUAGGAUACAGAAAGUUUUAAAAGAAGUGAAAUCGACUUUGACGGAUUUGAAAUUAGCUAUUGACGGUACGAUUGUUAUGAGUCAAAAUUUGAGGACGUCUUUGGAUUCCAUGUACGACGCUAGGAUACCGGAAAAAUGGCAAAAAGUUUCGUGGGAAUCGGCGACUUUGGGUUUUUGGUACACCGAGCUUUUAGAACGAGACGCUCAAUUUCGUAGCUGGUGUCAAAAUGGGAAACCGACCGUCUUUUGGAUGACUGGAUUUUUUAAUCCUCAAGGUUUUCUAACCGCUAUGAGACAAGACGUAACCCGAGCUCACAAAGGUUGGGCGUUAGAUUCUGUAGUACUACAGAACAUGAUCACAAAACAGGGUAAAGAAGAGAUCAAAGAAAGUCCCGCGGAAGGCGUAUACGUUCACGGUUUAUUUCUGGAAGGCGCCGGUUUGGAUAGAAGAACUGGAAAAUUAAUCGAAAGUAAACCGAAAGUUUUGUACGAACAAAUGCCUGUCAUUUACAUUUUCGCUAUAAAUACGACGGCAGGAAAAGAUCCCAAAUUGUACGAAUGUCCUAUUUAUAGAAAACCCCAAAGGACCGAUCAGAAAUACGUCGGUUCGAUCGAUUUCGAAACUGAUCACAAUCCUCGACAUUGGACGUUGAGGGGGGUGGCACUUUUGUGCGAUAUCAAAUAA